AGAAGGCCCUUAAAAGUAACUGUCAGUUUUUAAUUUGAGAUCCGCAUGUGUACGCGUUCUUUACAGAUAUAUUGUAUUCAAUAAUUUAGUUUUUUAUUGAUGAUAAUUGCAAUUAUACACACAAGAACUAAGAAUUUAGUGUUAAAGUGUUAUUAAAAAAGGAAUAUAGAAAACCUUGAUUAUAGGUUUAUAUUGGUUUUCUAAUUAUUUAUAGGAAGUCAGAUGCUAUCUUUUAAAUAUGUACUCGUAAAACUACAAUAAUAAAACAAUAUCAAAUAAUAAUAAAGAAAUAAUAAUAUCAAAUAAUAAUAAUAAAGAGAAAUUAAACGUAACGGUUUGCUUGCAAAGCUUUUGAAAGUGAGUAAGUCAUGGCUGAAGUAGAUGAAAUCAUGAGAAUCUUGUACAAAUGUCAUGCCGAAGACGAGUUUGAGGAUAAAUCGACAGACUCAAGUAACUCGCAAAGAUUGAGAAAAUCACGAAGAAGAGUUGAAAAGACAAAUUUGGAAGAGUUUAAAAGUAACGUGGAGAAAUUACUUUCGGACACAUGCUGCUAUUAUACAGGAAGUGUUGAAUAUUCUAGUUUGAAUAAAACGUUAGCAGUCUGUAAUUUAGAGCUUGGUAAUGAGCUUGUAGCUAUUCAUCAUUUAAUUGAAUCUCAUGCAGUAAUAUUUCGGCAACAUGUCAUGCACAGAUAUCAAAAGACUCAACUGCGUGAAAUAUACAGAGAAGAAUCUCAGACAUAUGGACUGAAACCAACACACAUGAAGUUUGAUACCAAAUUUGUAGAUAAUGCUGAAUCUUUAAAAUCAAAACUUAAAGAGUUACCAAAAGAAUGGUAUAUGAUUCAGAUCACUGCUCAAUAUGAAUCUCCAAGUGUGUUAAAAUAUGGAAAAUUUACAUCUAGUGAAAUGCAUGCUAUACAUAUUACUGUACUUCCAACAGGAGCAUCGAACAUGGAACCUUUAUGCAUAACCCUUCCAAAACCUAUGACACAAGUUUCUUAUGACGUUUGCAAAGAAGUUCAUAAAUUAUUAGGCAACUACAAAUCUGAGCUACAGGCUACUUAUGCAAGUUAUGAGGAAUAUUGGAAAAUGCGUAAAAAUCAGAAUAACAAAAUGAAGGCAGCUAUAGAAGCAUUAGAGAAAAUAUGGUUGAGAGAAUGGAGAGUUUUAUUUAUGGCAGAUCCUAUUGAAGAUGUGGACAUUGUAAAAGAGAUUCACAACAUGAUUGAUAAAUUAAUAUUAGAUUUCAAGCCCUCCGUUAAAAUAUCACAGCGAUGUAGAUGGCUCUUAAAGAAAGUGUCCGUAGGCGCGUGUUUUCUCACUCGCGAAGAGAUAGCACGUGCCGUCAAGUUUCUAAUUCCCAACAAUAAAAAACUUGCGAGUAAUAUUAUUUUAUCAAUUUACGGAAAAUUGUCGUGUAUGAAAGAAUUAGAAAAUAUAAAACGGAAGACAUUAGUUCUAAUUAUUGAGGAAAACUUGGAUUAUUUGGCGUUCGAAGCUAUGGAGAUUAUUAAGUGCCAUCCUACCACUCGUUUCUCUUGUCUGCAUGUAGUGUAUGCGUUAUUUAAAGAGCACGAAGAUACUAUAGUAGACGGUUGUAAAAUAAUCAAAGCCAAAGACGACAUGGGUAUCUGCGUAGUGAAUCCCUCGGGUGGUUUGAAUAAAAUGGAACAACGACUAAAACUCUUCAUGAAUUUCUGGUUACCAAAAUGGAAAAGCAGUUACAACAAGGAACCUGACGAGAAAAUGUUUGAAGAUGCGCUAGUAAAUCAUGACAUUUUAAUGUAUAGCGGUCAUGGAAGUGGAAUACAAUAUGUAUCCGGAGAAGACAUCGAAAAGAUGAGAGUGAGAUCUACCGUUUUGUUAUUCGGAUGUAACAGCGUGAAAUUGCUUGUAAUAGGCGGAAGAUAUCCACCUUAUGGUGUUUCAAAUCAGUAUUUAAUAGCAUGCAGUCCCUGUCUACUGGGUAUGUUGUGGGAAGUAACGGACGCUGAUAUUGAUAAAAUGACCGCAAACUUUAUAAGCAGUUGGAUUCCGUCGUCGUCUGAGAAAUCGUGGGCCGAAGUGGAUCUGAACAGUUGGCUCAGUGGUACUUUAAAAUUAACAGAAAAUACAAAAAAGGAAGAAAUAAAAUUGGAUUCAGAAAUGUUAAGAGCGGUGGCUAAUGCAAAGCAGACGUGUUCGCAAUACAUGACGGCAGCUGCGAUAGUAGUACGAGGUUUACCAAUAAAAAUAACUUAAGUUCUUUCCGUUCUGUCUCGUGUGAAUUAUUAUAUUUGUGAAAUGUUUAUUUUUUUUAUGAAUGUGUACGAAGCACUUGUGUUUAAAAGUAAGUAAAACUACGAGAAUUGAUUUAUAAAGUUUUAUAAAAUAUUUUUGUACGAAAAU